AUGAAUCAAGCACAACAGAAUAUCGCUCUUCUCACGUCAGGACUUGCUCUUGGAGUCAUCGCCGGGAUUCUGCUGGCGCCACAGAGCGGGCGAGACACCAGAGACGAAUUGCGCCAGCGUGCCGUCAGCGCCAGUAGCGUCGGCAGGGACUACCUGCAGCGGAUACGCAACCGGGGCGCCGACGAUGUCGCCGAACUGACCGAAGGUUAG